AACUGAACGUGCCAACGACCACUUUUCGCACUCGGCGCCACUCCUAAAUUCAGUCAUUAUUUGCGGAUUGAACCAAACAGAACCCAGGAAGAUCGUUGCGACAAAAACGACUGAUUUCACAAGAACAAUCCAAUCAGGACUUCCUGCCUCUGAAAACAUGUCUGACAAGGACAUACCAGAGGACCAGCGAGUCAUCCUGUGCGACAUGUGCACUGAGGACAGGAAACCGGCACGGAAGACCUGCAUGAAGUGUGAGAUCUCCAUGUGCGUCCAGCACCUCCAGGCCCACCUGACAACGCCCGUGUUCCUGCAGACGCACCCUCUGACCGAGCCGAUGGCUUUGUGUGGGUCCACUAAGUGCCCCCAACACGGGAAACUCCUGGAGUACUACUGCUUGGAUGACCUGACCUGCGUGUGCGUCUCCUGCGCCAUUGAGGACCGGCACCGCAUGCACAACCUGAAGACCUUCUCCAUGGCCCACAGAGAGCUCAAGGAGAAGCUUGAUGCCGAGCAGCAGGCCUUACAAGCGGUGGAAAGCGGCGUGGAGAACGUGGGUCUGGAAGAGUGGGAGAAGGGCGAGAGAGAGGAGGUGGUGCGCUCCGGCGUGCGCCUCGUCGAGGCCGUGACGCUCCUGCGAGAUGCCGCCCUGACGGCUGUCCAGAGCUCAGUGUCUGCCCGCAUGCAGUCGAUCAAAAUCAGCAGGAGCAGCAUGCAGGCAGCCCAGAAGGAGGAGGACACCUUCAGAUUCCUGCAGAUGUAUUCCCAGGUGUUCCGGGACGUGGAGAAGGCCAAGGCCGUGGAUCUGCGGAGGGGGUUGGAGCCCGGCAGCGAGCGGGACAAACUGCUUCAGGAGAUGAGGCAGAACGGAGAAAAAAUGGUGAAGCAAGCGGGCGACUUUUGGGGCUCGCUGUUGACUCUGGUUGACCCGGAGGACCAGCAUGAGGUCCCCGCCGCUGGGUCGGACCUGACCUUUCACCCACAGACUUUGGGCCCUGGCAUGUCACUGUCCAAAGACAAAAGGAAGGCUUUCUACAGUAGUUGGUUGGGGCCGUGUUCUGCCACUCUUCUAAUCCGUAGCACCCAGGAGGCUCCUGAACCUCAAAGCUGGACGGUGGGUCUUUCCCCAGACUCGAACUGGAGCGUCGGCUUAUGUGACAAAGCCCAAACGCACAACUUGAGGAACGGACCUGUCUACGGUCUGUGCUGCGAAGGCAACCGGCUGAGCGCUCUCGCUACCGCGUGGGAGGAGGGUCGCGAUCCAGUCAACCUUUCAGAAGGUCCUUUUUUAAGGCAUCAACAUUCCAGGGGCACACCACGCGGGGUUUACUCCACACCGAUCACACAACACAAGUUUUUCUCCACUCCGAACACACAACACAGGGUUUCCUCCACGCCGAUCACACAUCAGGGUGGUCCACGACCUGAGGUGGUGGAGGUGGUUUGGCACUUUGGGUCUUCCUCGCUGUCCUUCUUCAGCAGAAGAGGACAGCGCCAGAGGGACAAAAUAAUCACAAUCAAGAUGGACGCCAACAAAUGGGACCUGGCCCCUUUUGUUCAGAUAACAAAUGACCCAAUUACCCACACGCAGAAAACAGCGUUCAUAUUUGGGAUGUCCCGCAGUACCUUUGGUGGAGUAUCGAUGGGUUAUGCACAGACCACAGAGGUGGUUUGUGAACUUCACUAACGGGUGGAACAAAUCCAAGAAACACAUGGCCAGAAUUAUCGUCCGUGUUUACGUCUCUUGAAAGUAGUAUAAAUGUCAUUGACUAUUAAUACAUUUGCUGACAAUUCAAUGAGUAGUUUUUCGAGCAAAGAAAUCCGUAAUGAACCAAUGAUGUGCUUUUUAGUUGACAAAAUGUACUUA